CCCAAAUGGAAAAUCCGUCAAAAGGGACACCCAUCUCUCUGCCAGAACAUUUUCUUCCCUUUUUUCAAAAAAAAAAAAAAAUAAUCCAAGUUGUGGAAAAUAAGGAAACUCUUAAGCAAUUUUCAAUAGAAAAAUAAUUAAAGUGUUGGUUGUACUUGAAAUUUAUAGUGAUUUAAUAAGGUGUGCAAUACAAUUUUCAAUGUAUCUGACGGUGAAAGAAUGAUUUUGCUCAGUUUGAUGUGAAAUAGCCUGACAAUAUAGCUGAAUUGUUUUUCAAUUUUUGAUAAUGUUUCACUUGCUCAAAUCACUGAGACUUCUCUCCUGGACCUCCUUCCUUCUCAUCUCUGUCUCUCUGCUCAAGUUUGCCAAUAGCUCAGAGGAUGAGGAGAGAUUGGUGCGUGAUCUCUUCCGUGGUUACAAUAAACUCAUUCGACCCGUACAGAAUAUGACACAGAAGGUGGAUGUCCGCUUUGGACUGGCCUUCGUGCAGCUCAUCAAUGUGAAUGAGAAGAAUCAGAUCAUGAAAUCGAACGUAUGGCUCCGACUUGUCUGGAGUGACUACCAACUGCAGUGGGAUGAGGCAGAUUACGGUGGUAUUGGGGUACUACGUUUGCCCCCUGACAAAGUCUGGAAGCCCGAUAUUGUCCUCUUCAACAACGCUGAUGGAAAUUAUGAGGUUCGUUACAAGUCCAACGUUCUCAUCUAUCCGAACGGUGAAGUGCUGUGGGUGCCUCCAGCUAUUUACCAGAGUUCCUGCACAAUUGAUGUGACAUAUUUUCCUUUUGACCAGCAAACGUGCAUUAUGAAAUUUGGUUCCUGGACCUUCAAUGGGGACCAAGUAUCCUUGGCACUUUACAACAACAAGAAUUUUGUAGAUCUCUCGGAUUACUGGAAAUCGGGCACUUGGGAUAUUAUUGAGGUACCGGCGUAUUUGAAUGUGUACCAGGGUAAUGGAAAUCAUCCCACAGAGACAGACAUAACAUUUUAUAUCAUAAUUCGACGCAAAACUCUCUUCUACACUGUCAACUUGAUCCUUCCCACGGUGCUCAUCUCCUUCCUCUGCGUUUUGGUGUUCUACCUCCCUGCUGAGGCUGGUGAGAAGGUGACUCUUGGCAUUAGUAUUCUCCUUUCGCUGGUUGUGUUUCUCUUGCUGGUGUCGAAAAUUCUUCCGCCGACAUCACUGGUGCUUCCACUAAUUGCCAAGUACCUCCUCUUCACCUUCAUCAUGAACACUGUCUCCAUUCUCGUCACUGUCAUCAUCAUCAACUGGAAUUUCCGUGGGCCACGCACCCACCGUAUGCCCAUGUGGAUUCGAUCAGUCUUUCUCCACUACCUACCUGCCAUGUUACUCAUGAAGCGCCCUCGCAAGACUCGCCUCCGUUGGAUGAUGGAGAUGCCCGGUAUGAGUGUACCCCCUCAUCCACAUCCCUCCUAUGGUUCCCCCACGGAGAUCCCUAAGCAUCUCAGCGCCAUCGGGGCAGCCAAGCAAGCCAAGAUGGAGGUGAUGGAAUUGUCGGAUCUCCAUCAUCCCAACUGCAAGAUCAACCGCAAGAUGAAUUCAGGACCCGAGCUCGGUACUCUCGGGGAUCCGUGUCGUCGGGAGAGUGAGAGCUCGGACUCCAUACUCUUGUCACCGGAGGCCAGCAAAGCCACGGAAGCUGUCGAAUUUAUCGCUGAGCAUCUCAGGAAUGAGGAUUUGUACAUUCAAACUCGUGAAGACUGGAAGUACGUGGCGAUGGUGAUCGAUCGUCUUCAGCUCUACAUUUUCUUCAUAGUCACCACAGCCGGCACUGUGGGGAUCCUUAUGGAUGCCCCUCACAUAUUUGAGUAUGUAGAUCAAGAUCGAAUCAUUGAGAUCUAUCGUGGUAAGUGAAUUUUCACCAAAGAAAAAGAAAAAUUAAACCAAAAAAAAUUACAGUAGAAAUACGAAAAAACACGUGUUAUGAAGCAGUUAACGAUCAAUGAACAGUUAAAAUAUCAUGAUAAAAAAUAUAUAGUAAAAAAAAGUGGAUAAAGAAUUCUGUUGAAUAUUUUACGAGCGACGCUUUUCAUUAUAAGCCUGCAAUUUUCACUUCCCCGAGAGAUGACACACCUUAAAAAAAAAUGCUCUUCCAAAAGAA